AUGUUGUUUAUUAAUAGUGAUAAUCGUGUGCAUGGAUUAGGUGCUAAUGCUUAUGGAUCACUGGGUUUGGGACACAACCAGUGGGUGAGUGAACCACAAGAGUUGGUAGAGUUAAGAGACAAACAAAUCACUGAUAUUUUUAACGGCAAAAAGUUUGUAAUUUUUAAAACCAGUGAUAAUUUUCUGUAUAUUUGCGGUGAUAUAAGUAAAAAGUUUUGUACUACUAGUGAUGUAAAUGCUAGAUAUUUACGACCAAUGAUAGUACAGAUUGAUGGCACCGAUGUUUUAGUUGACGAUAUCAGCUGUGGUUCGUAUCAUAUAUUAGUAUUAACCAAUAAACAUGAAGUAUAUGGUUGGGGUAGCAAUAGAUUUGGACAAAUCGGUAGCCGAGACACUAAGUUUGAGGACAUUAAUACACCCAAACUGAUUGACUUUAACGGUAAUUAUUGUAUCAAAAGUGUCCGAUGUUUUGAACAUCAAUCGUUUGCAUUGACCAGCGAUGGACAGGUAUUUAGUUGGGGUUACAAUCAUAACAACCAAUUGGGUUGUACUACUAGUAGUGAAAUUAUAUGUCGACCACAAUUGAUAAACGAUUUGCGGGGCAUAACAUCCGUACAAUCGGGUGCCGGAAAUACAUUUUUUAUUAAUACCGCAACAAAUGAUAUCUAUGUUUGCGGCCAAUAUGUGGAUAAAAAUAGUAAAACAAAUCCAUUGUACGAAAAACUUGUCAAUAAAACUAACCGAAACUUAACGAUUGCAUCAAUAAAUUUGGUAACUGUUUAUAGCUAUUGGUUUUAUAAAAACAAUUUAUACAUUUCAAUGGAGUACUGUUCGCUAAGUUUGAAAAAAGUUAUCCAAUUGAAAGCACCGGUAUUUAGCAGACAACCGGACAGCGAACUGAUGACAUGUAUGGAGUAUUAUUUGUCGUGUGAAAUACUACGGGAACUGUUAGAUUGUGUCCGAUAUCUACAUGAACUGCAGCCACCAGUUUUACACCGGGAUCUCAAACCGGAUAACAUACUGAUUGGACAAAAUAUUAGCGAAAACAAUAGGUUUGUCAAACUAUGCGAUUUUGGUUUGUCAGUCGAUGAAACCGUUUGCGAUACACUAUUGUCCGGUGCCGGGACUCAACUGUAUACGGCACGUGAAGCCUAUGAUGGAUGCUAUACAGCUAAAGGUGAUGUCUAUAGUAUCGGGUUUAUUGUAUGCGAUUUAUUUGACACCGAUAUCAAUAAUCCACGCGAUAGAUAUAGCGAUUAUUAUGAUUGGAGUGAUAAAUAUUGUCGAUUAAUGCAAAUUGUUGGCCAAACAAUGCAAGGUUCCUAUGAUGCUAGACCUACCUGUGCCCAGAUUAUUGAUCAGCAAUCAGAUUGGGCACUAGAUAGUAGAUAUAUUACUGGUCAACUAGAUUUUAAUGAUAUACUCGAACAAUUAAAACAUAGGGAACGGGAUCUCAGAGAGGAUGAGUUGGGAACCGAACCCGAGUUUUGGGAAUUUUUCUAUACGUUUUUAUUAUUGAAAACUAAUUGUUAUAAUUUAAACACGUUUUGA